AUGGUCGUGAACGCCACUGCGGCAGUAGUAAAUCCAGCGGAAGAUGCUUGUGUGGUACUAGCAACAGUAGUUGACGUUGAGGAGGUAGUGGCCACAACACUGGUCGAGGCUGCUGUAGUAGCAACGGCAGUUGACGAGGGUGUGGUGGUGGACACAACACUAAUCGGUGCUGGUGUAGUAGCAACGGCAGUUGACGUUGGCGUGAUGGUGGACACAACACUAAUCGAUGCUGGUGUAGUUGCCUCUGCAGUAGUCGAUGCUAAUGUGGUGGCCUCUCCAGUAGUCGAAGCUGGUGUGGUGGCCUCCACAGUAGUCGAAGCUGGUGUGGUCGCCACAACAGUAGUUGCUGCUGGUGUGGUGGCCUCUACAGUAGUCGGAGCUGGUGUAGUAGCCUCUACAGUAGUCGGAGCUGGUGUGGUGGAAGCCUCUACAGUACUCGGAGCUGGUGUAGUAGCCUCUACAGUAGUCGGAGCUGGUGUGGUAGAAGCCUCUACAGUAGUCGGAGCUGGUGUAGAAGCCUCGACAGUAGUCGGAGCUGGUGUAGUAGCCUCUACAGUAGUCGAUGCUGAUGUGGUAGAAGCCUCUACAGUAGUCGAAGCUGGUGUGGUAGUAGCCUCUACAGUAAUCGGAGCUGGUGUGGUUGCCUCUACAGUAGUCGAAGCUGGUGUGGUAGUAGCCUCUACAGUAGUCGGAGCUGGUGUGGUAGUAGCCUCAGCAGUAGUCGAAGCUGGUGUGGUCGCCACAACAGUAGUUGCUGCUGGUGUGGUGGCCUCUCCAGUAGUCGAAGCUGGUGUGGUGGAAGCCUCUACAGUACUCGGAGCUGGUGUGGUAGUAGCCUCUACAGUAGUCGAAGCUGGUGUGGUAGUGGCCUCUACAGUACUCGGAGCUGGUGUAGUAGCCUCUACAGUAGUCGAUGCUGGUGUGGUAGAAGCCUCUACAGUAGUCGAUGCAGGUGUGGUAGUAGCCUCUACAGUAGUCGAUGCUGGUGUGGUGGCCUCUACAGUAGUCGGAGCUGGUGUGGUAGAAGCCUCUACAGUAGUCGAUGCUGGUGUGGUAGAAGCCUCUACAGUAGUCGAUGCUGGUGUGGUGGAAGCCUCUACAGUAGUCGGAGCUGGUGUGGUAGAAGCCUCUACAGUACUCGGAGCUGGUGUAGUAGCCUCUACAGUAGUCGAUGCUGGUGUGGUAGAAGCCUCUACAGUAGUCGAUGCUGGUGUGGUGGAAGCCUCUACAGUAGUCGGAGCUGGUGUGGUAGAAGCCUCUACAGUAGUCGGAGCUGGUGUAGUAGCCUCUACAGUAGUCGAAGCUGGUGUGGUAGAAGCCUCUACAGUAGUCGGAGCUGGUGUAGUAGCCUCUACAGUAGUCGAAGCUGGUGUGGUAGUAGCCUCUACAGUAGUCGGAGCUGGUGUAGUAGCCUCUACAGUAGUCGAUGCUGGUGUGGUAGAAGCCUCUACAGUAGUCGAUGCUGGUGUGGUAGAAGCCUCUACAGUAGUCGAAGCUGGUGUGGUAGUAGCCUCUACAGUAGUCGAUGCAGGUGUGGUAGUAGCCUCUACAGUAGUCGAUGCUGGUGUGGUAGAAGCCUCUACAGUAGUCGAUGCUGGUGUGGUAGAAGCCUCUACAGUAGUCGAAGCUGGUGUGGUAGUAGCCUCUACAGUAGUCGAUGCAGGUGUGGUAGUAGCCUCUACAGUAGUCGAUGCUGGUGUGGUAGUAGCCUCUACAGUAGUCGAUGCAGGUGUGGUAGUAGCCUCUACAGUAGUCGAUGCAGGUGUGGUAGUAGCCUCUACAGUAGUCGAUGCUGGUGUGGUAGUAGCCUCUACAGUAGUCGAAGCUGGUGUGGUAGCCUCUACAGAAGUCGGUGCUGGUGUGGUAGUAGCCUCUACAGUAGUCGAAGCUGGUGUGGUCGCUACAACAGUAGUUGCUGCUGGUGUGGUGGCCUCUCCAGUAGUCGAAGUUGGUGUGGUGGCCUCUACAGUACUCGGAGCUGGUGUAGUAGCUUCUACAGUAGUCGAAGCUGGUGUAGUAGCCUCUACAGUAGUCGAAGCUGGUGUGGUAGAAGCCUCUACAGUAGUCGGAGCUGGUGUGGUAGAAGCCUCUACAGUAGUCGGAGCUGGUGUGGUAGAAGCCUCUACAGUAGUCGAUGCUGAUGUGGUAGAAGCCUCUACGGUAGUCGGAGCUGGUGUGGUAGUAGCCUUAGCAGUCGUCGAAGCUGGUGUGGAAGUAGCCCCAGCAGUGGUGGACGCUCGUAUGGUGGUGACCACUGCACUAGUCGAUGUAGUGUACCUAGUGGUCACGACGGUAGUCGAUGGUAUUGUAGUGGUAGGUGUCACAGAGAUAGUCGUUGCCGAUGUGCUCACCGUCUGCAUCGUUGUGUCGCUUGUGGUAGAAUCAGCGCAAGAGCAAGGAGUGUUUGAAACGUGGCAAACACUCGGUGACUUCCAGUACUUACAGUAA